ACAACAAUCUGCCGGGGCGGAGACACGGGCUGCUACAAUGGACAAGGGCCUGACAUUUAUAUAAAACUGCUCAAAAUGAGGCCUUUAUUUAUUAUUAUAGCAGUAGGGACUUUAGCGAGUAGUGGAGCACUGCUGGGGCUGAUACUGUUCUUUGUUUUAUCCACAAGGUCAACCCCAACAGAGGAUUGGCAGAAAGCUACAUCCAUUUAUGAAUUUAACACAACAGACAUUGAUGGGAAUUUGGUGUCUCUUGAGCAGUACAGGGGAGAUGUUGUCAUCAUCACCAACGUUGCCUCUAAAUGAGGUAAAACCCCUGUAAACUACUCUCAGUUUGCUAAGAUGCACGCUAGGUACGCUGAGAGAGGUUUACGCAUUCUUGCCUUCCCUUCCAACCAGUUUGGGAAUCAGGAGCCGGGCAAUGAGACUCAGAUCAAGCAGUUUGUCCAGUCCUAUGAUGUUCAUUUCGACAUGUUCAGUAAGAUCGAAGUGAAUGGUGACAACGCUCACCCGCUGUGGAAGUGGAUGAAGGAGCAGCCCCAUGGGAAGGGCACAUUUGGAAAUAGCAUCAAGUGGAAUUUCACCAAGUUUUUGAUCAACAGGGAGGGGCAGGUGGUGAAAAGAUAUGGACCCCUGGAUGAUCCAAGUGUGGUGGAGAAGGAUCUUCACAAAUACCUUUAAUGCAGCCCAGUCAUUCCUCAGCUGCUGAUGCUCUACUUAUUCUGUUGUAUCGAUUCUCCAAUGCUUUCUUUCCUGUCUCUGCCUCUCCAAGAACUGGUUGAUAUGGUUGAGGUCCAUUCCAGACCAGUGACGGUCUGUUCCAAAACCCGCAUAGCGGAUAGAACAGACCCGAUGCAAACGGCGUGCAAACCUUCUGGAAGGAUCCCAAAGCUAAUAUUAAUCUGGUUCUCUGGAGAGAAGGAGAAAGGCUUUCCUCUGCACUUCAAUAAAUCUCUGAACUCACAUAAAUUGUUGCUUUUUUUUUCAUAAUAAAAUUUACUGAGAUUUUGAUCCAAAUGUAA